UUCCUGUACCCAAUCUCCUAUUCUUGUGUUGUCUUUCUUUUUCCGAGAGCACAAACCCUUUGCCAACAGUAAAAAUGGCAACUUUGAAAGAAAAACGUACCUGUGGUCAACGAUGUGAAGACUUUGGGCACUUCGUGUGGAACUCAGACACCAAACAGUUCAUGGGGAGAACUUUAGAAAGAUGGGUGUACAUCAGUCUGUAUUAUGUUGCCUUCUACAUUGUGAUGUCGGGGCUGUUCAUCCUUGCCUUGUACGUUAUGCUGUUAACAUUAAAUCCAUACACUCCCACAUACCAGGACCAGUUAACGUCGCCAGGAGUAAUAUUACGGCCAGAUAUAUGGGGGGAGGAAGGACUGGAGAUCACCUACAAUGCCUCAGAUAAGAAGAGCUGGAUGAGACUGACCAACAUUCUUGACAAAUACCUUUUGCAUUACAAUGAGACUCAUCAAAAUGAAAGCAAUCAGCAUUGCCCCAGCGGCUCGUACUACAUUCAGAAAGAUUUCAGGGGUCCGCACCACACUAAGUACGCCUGUAUCUUCACUCGAGAGAUGCUGGGGAGCUGCUCUGGCCUGGAGGACCCCACUUAUGGAUACCCGGAAGGGAAGCCAUGCUUCUUAAUCAAAAUGAACAGGAUUAUUAAUUUUCUCCCUGGGAAGGUUGGAUCGCCUCCAUAUGUCAAGUGUACUAUGUUGGAAGGCAGUCACUCAACUCUACAAGAUGUGGAUUAUUACCCAGUGAAUGGCACCUUUGACAUUUCUUACUUCCCUUACUAUGGCAGCUUGGCCCAGCCCAACUACACCAACCCCCUGGUGGCAGUCAAGUUCAACAGAAUCACGAAGAACACAGAGAUUAAGAUUGAGUGCAAGGUGGUAGCAGACCAUAUCCGCACAGACAACUUUCACGACCCCUAUGAAGGCAAGGUUGUGUUCCAGCUCAAGAUUGAAUCGUAGAAGCACAGCCAGG